AUGAAACCAUCCACCUCGAUCCACAAACCCACUCUCGCCGCUGCUGAUUCCAAUUUACUGUCGCCGUUAUACAUUAUGAAAAUCAAUGACACCCAUCCCACCGACGCAUCUACACCGCAAUUUCUGAUCGAUGAAUAUCAAGCCAAUCAACGGAAACAAUCUAGCAAUCAUUCUUUUCACAAACGUCCGAUGUCCCUUGCUUUCCUGAAAACCGCACUGCAACAAGACCUUGAAAAUUUACCACACUGGAUCUGGGCACCAUAUGAACACGAAAACAAGGCUUCUGAUGAUGAAAAAAUGACAAUGAAACUGAUGCGGCUGAUAUUGACUGAUUUCUAUGCCAAUUGUCUGAAACCUGACUAUCCCACCAAGACCAACGAGCGCACCCCAUACGCAGAAUAUGUCAUUCCACUGUUCAAGUACUUCUCAUCUGUCACCAAGUUGUCUUCAUUCGCAUGGUGUGAAAAAGGACUCUCGAUCUGUAUACCAAGUGCGACCAAGUUGAUGGAUGGAAUUGGCGUAUCUACUCUCAAUAAUCUGGAACGUAUGUUAAUUGAAUCAUCUGGGUAA